AUGUUGCCAGAUUCAAAAUUUGACAGACUGCAGAAAAACUACCUGACACUAAAAAUGUUAAAGCUGAUCAAAUAUCUUGUUCUCAUAAUUGUAUUUGAAAUCUUACUCUUAGUGGAGUCGCAAAAGAUGAAUGAUCCUAUACAAGGUUUCUUGCAAUAUGAAUUCUUCGACGAGGAGAACGACGGUAGUGGAAUUGACACUUCAACAGCCUUAAGCCCAACAGAAUCAAGUUCUGGUUUAAGUGGUGGAGCGAUUGCUGGAAUUGCUGUGGGAUCGGUUGCCGCUGUUGGUGCAGUCGGAGGAAUAGGAGGCUAUUUUUGGUAUAAGAUAAAGAAAAACAAUGUUACUCCUCUAAUAUAA